AUGCCACAAUCUUCCAACAUACCGAUAUCGCCGAAAGUGAAAAAUGAAAAUAAGCUUAUACAGGCAGCUUACCUAAUUAAUAAUACUACAAAUAAUUCUAUGAUGAACUCUUCAGAUUCAAGUUCUAUGCUCGAUGAUGAUACCAUGGACAAUAACUCGGAUACUGGUUGGACAAUAAAGGCCAACAAAAGAAAUCUUUCAGACUCAUCUGAGCCGAAGUCUCCUGAUCCUAAACAAUUAAAACAAUUAAAACAAUUCCAAAUACAAAUAAAAAUUAUAACAAAUUAUUUAUAACGGCUAAUCGCUAUGAAGUACUUUUGCAAACUUAACCUGUUACCCGAACUACACCAGACCCUGUCUCAGCGUCUACUACUCCAGAAAUAUCUACCAUCAAUCACAUUAAACCUCAGCCACCGAUUUUUGUAAAAGGCAUAAUUGACUUUUCAAAAACAUGUGAAGCCUUAAUGGAGCUUAUCGGGGUUGAUAAUUUUUAUUGUAAAUCUUCCUCUGAUCGCCUAAAAAUUCAAACUGCCAACUCUGAAUCAUACUGA